GACAAAACCUGUUUUGACAGGGUUAGGCUAUUCACUGCCUGGAAUUAGAUCCAAUAUCUGUAAUGAUUGGCAAGAUCAAGGAAAAAUCUGGGGUUUUUUUGGUUUUUUUGGUGUGUGUUUUUUUUUUGUUUGGGGUUUUUUUUGUGGCUGAUUCUUGUAGUACUUGCAAAUCAACACAAGAGGGUGGUAUUGACAUAGGAAAGCAGCUCAUGAGCUGGGUGGUGAAGAAACCCGGGUAUGGUAGAGGCUCUUUGACACAGUUUUCCUGUUUAUUUCUCUGUCUUGGGCAGAGUUCAGUGCCGUAUAGGUAGACUCUUGCAAGAGUGGGAUAAAUGUACUACUUCAUAUCAAACCAGAAGAUUAGUGCUAGUUCCCAUUGACAAAAAAUUUCACACUAGACAUUUUUGCUGGUGGGCAGUGUGAGAUGCUCUUUUGUGACCGCUCAACAUGAAAAUUUAGUGCCUGUUAGAACUGCUCAUAAACUGGAUUUUUCUACUAUGUGAAAAAUGUUAAAAAGAUUCUUUUUUAGAUCUAAAUGGAAAGCUGAAACUACUGCAGUAGUCAAGAUGAGCACAAUGGCUACUUCAUAGUAUCAACAUCUAAUAUACACGUAUAUGCUAGUAAGAAUGCUUUUGUACUUUUGUCUGGGGCAGCAUAUUUUGUAAAAUUACAAAAAAAACACAGCAUUGUUAAAACUUAAUAGGAACAGCUUUGUUGUCUUCAUGAGGAACAAACAUACUACCUUGUGUGAGAAGAGUGCCAGUGUUCUUUGGCCUUUUUUUUUGGUAACAGUUUACUCGCAUCUCCAGAAUGGUCACCUUCAAGUUUGAUAGCUCUGAAGCAGUCUUAAGAUCACUGGCAGAUAAGUAAGGAUACAGAUCUUGGGUAUGUUUUCUGCUAAGAGCAUUCUUGGAAAGCAGGUAGAGAGUGCAUUUUCUACGAGUCCUAGUGCAGAGAGGCAGGGGUGGAAGCCCUGUUAAUUCUACAGGGCCCUUUGGUAGGGAUCCUCACAGGUAGAGAUAAAACAGCCUUAUAAUGCACCAGAGAGAGGAGUAAAGAGUUGAGUAUGUGGGUGGAGAUGCAAAUGCUCCUUCCCCAUGGAGCAAGGGAACUCUCCUGACUGGUUCUCUGUCCUGCUGGAUGCUUGAACAAAAUUUCUUACCUUUCACAAGCAGUACAGGGUUGGUCCCACUAUCAGCAAUUUAAAAUUAAAUCCUUUUGAGGAGCCUGGGUCUCUGGAAAACCUCUUAGUGUUAUUCUCGCUAUGUAAUGGAUGGCAUGCAGAGUCGGUCCUGAACCAGUCUUGUAAAGUGAUGUGGAGGGCAAUUUUACUGCUGGAGGAGGUAGGCCAGGGUCAUUCCUUUCAGAAGUAGUAGGAGGCUUGCUUUAAUAGAUUGGCAGGGUCUCUAGCAUCUCUCUGUCCUUUCCUGUGUGGAAGGCUGCAAUAGUCAAGGGGGAAUCUAUCUUCCUGAUGGGAUCAAUUUCUCUAUCCCUUCUCUGCAGUUACAAGAGUAACAAGGAGAGAAGUAGAGCUGCUCAUUGUAAAAGGAUGCAGAGCCUUUUUGAGAGGAGUGACUCCUAGGCAGUUGGCCGCCUCCCUUAGUUUGGAAUGACAAGCUGUAGAAACACUUUGCACUAGAAAAGCAAAGGUCUCAUCACACCCACGUUCUCACCGGUGCCUCACCUGCCACAGGUAUGUGCAUUCAACUUCAGCUAAAAAUAUCUCAACAGGUUGGAGGAGCAGGAAAUAGUUUAUUACUGCAACUACACCAUGAGGGCUAGGUCUGGGUGUUUGUAUAACUGAAGUGAAAUAGGGAGAGUCUAAAGAUGUAUUUGGUCAAAACAGAAUUUGGAGCCAGGCUAAAGCAAAAUGUGUAGCUGAUCUAAUGAAACAUGAGGAGAAAAGAAUGGAGUGAGACCUGUCUGUCUCUGUAUAAAAGACAGUUCAGAAGAUACCAGCACUGGUAUGUGUGUGGCUGCAUACUUUUGUACAAUAACUGAUGCCAGUGUGUUUGUUCAGUGAGGACUCUUGAGGGGCAGUUCUGAAGUACGCCUCUCUGCACACCUCUUGAGUCUUCGCACAGCAGGGAGCUGAAGUGAAGGAUUAACCUUAGCCUAGUCCUAUCAUAUGUCACACUAACACAACCUGUCAUUUUUUUGUGGUUGAAACUCAAGUUUCAGCAAAAGCUGUGUUCUCAAAAGAUGUUUGGUAGGGAUGUUUGUAGUUUGAAACAGUUAUACUUCCCAAGUCCAUAAUGCAAAGGUGAUUGUUUAUAUACUUGUAAUAUGUAUUUUAAACAGUGUUUUGUAGUUUAGAUUUUUAAUACUGCAUAUGUGACUACCUUGGACAGUAAAGAAUGGGGUUAUAGUGUCUUUCAUUUACAUGUUUGAGAGCUGGCAGAAGCAGGACAAUCUUUUGGAGGGGAGGAGUUAAUUUAGACAUUGACGUCUGCGUGGGUAACUGGCUGCAAGAUAAAUGCUCUAGGAUAGCUGCAAAAAGUAGCAAUCCCUGCAAUCACACAGUGGUUCAGAGCAGAAGCUGCACUGAAUUGACCUUGUUUGAAAUUGUUUGGGCCAUCUCAGUUCCCCAGUGCUAUGCUCCUGCUGCCCAGGGACCUGCAAGGGAAGCUGUGGGCAGGAAAGCAUAGCUGGGAACCAAGGUGGGGAAUCCAGGGUGCUUUUUCUGUGGUGGCAGCCUGAGUCUAAAUCUACUUAAAAUAAUAAUGAGGAGGAACACAGCCUGUUCAAGGACCUGGCAGCCCACCUUCCCCCCUACUCCAAGAAAAGCAGAGUUGGCCAAGAGGAAGAGCUAAGCGUGAUGACUUUCUAGCAACACCAUUAACUUGUGCUGAGGAGAGUCACAGUUUAGGAGGGAACUCUUAAGAGUGAGAAGCUUCUGGGACUCUGGAGGGCUUUAGUUUACAAAGCAGGACUGAAGUUGGUAAACCUUCCCAGUUUAGCUGAGCACUGAAGAAGGAAAACAGUCAACAUACUGAAAAGCCCUUGGAAGUGCUUAAGAAGGAAUGGAAUUGAUUGCAUGACCUGUGAAAGGCACAGGCACGUACCAAGCAUUUUGAUGUUGCAUAAAUGUGAAGUUGUGGUUUGCCUGCAAUGGUAUGUGAGGAGCUUCUGUAAACGUUCAAGUAAGCAAUUAAUUCUUGUAAAUGUUGCAGAGCAAAUGCUGUAAAAAUCCAGCUUUGAUGACAGAGGUAGUUCAUGUAGUCAUUCCGAAUUCUUACUGUUCUUGCUUAUGCACUUAAACAGUAGAUUUUGGGGGGACAAAAACUAUGACUAUGUAAACAUGGAGAAUCAGAACAUGAGUUUCUGACAGAAUCCUAAGCUUUGGGGUUAACUCCUGAGCUUAAAAAAAAAACAACCAACAAACCACACCCAAAAAAACCCAAAAGAAGCAAAUGGUAAAAGAUGCUUUAGUUUUCAGAUGGAUUUUUUUCCUCUGGUUGGACUAUGAAAGCUCCUUCUGCAUAACAAUAUCUAAAAGGGAGAGCUCAGGCUGUUUUAUUCCUGUGCCACCUAAGAAAUGGGAAUGGUCGCUUGUUCUCUGGCCUAGGGAUGAAUACAGCCAUGCCUCCAAUGCUGUAUCUCUUCCUGAGGACCCUUCAGUUAUGGGAACUCCUGAUGAUGACGAUAAGGCUUUCUUUGAGUCCAAAGCCCCCCAGGUCACAGGUACAUGCCUUCCUGAACAUGAUAAUCAAGUAUAUGUUGUGUUUCAUGGUAGGAUGUGUGUUGGGCUGUGCCAAGGUCAUGCUUAAUUGUCCAAUAGGAGACAGUGGCACUGCAGUCUUCAACUGUUGACACUGAAAGUCCUCAGGGAGGGGUGGAGCUUAUUCAGCACUUUUUCAGGGAAGCAUCUAGAAGCCUGAAGCUGUCUGUUAGAGGUUAACACGGGAAUUUUGACUGCCUAAGGGAAGAGGACUCAAUCUUUGCCUUCUCUGGUGGAGGAUCCUCAUUGUUGCAGAGAUGUACAUGCUGCUCUGUUGCCUCUCCCUAAAAUGACGUCUAGGUAUAGGACUACAAAGUUUCUGUCUUCACUUGGAUUUGGUGGUUGCUAGAGGUUCGUGAGGAAAGGGAAAUGCAGUGUGAGCUUUCUAUGCAAAAAGGGGAAAUUUUUUUUCUUCCAUUCCAGUACUAGCAAAGGCAGAAAAAGAACCCUGCUGGACAGGCCUCUCUGAGACUAUUGCUUCUGUCCAUCACUUCCUUCCUCCCUAUUUGAUACUGUCAAAGAAGACAGGAUUUUUUGGCAUAUUUCCCAUUUGGACUGAUUUAAGUCCCCUUUAAUCCUUCUCAAGGUUUUCACUCACAAACAGGUCUCUGUGUAAAGAGAGGCAAAUAGCAAAACUUGCUCUGCAAGUCAUCUGUGUGUGAGGUAGAGGGAGGGUUGCAUGAUAAGGUGGAAUUUCUUUGGUUGUGCUGGCUUUCCAAAAGAAAAUUAUUCCUUUGUGUGGUUUUUAGUGUAUGUCUGCUCCAUCCCAUGAACAGGGUUAAACCACAAAAUUUCUUGGCUUUGAGGUAGGAAAAAGGAUUUUUUUGCACAAUCAGAGUUGGAGCCACAAAAGUACCUUCUUUCCUGCAGUAGCAAUGUGAGGGGGCACAGGAUCUGUGGAGAAAGCUGGGCAGAGAAUGUGUGGAGGCUCAUUCAAUUUUAUUUAAAGCAACAGAGAUUAAGGUAUCCCAGUCAAGCAUGUAAUUGGAUAUACUUGGUCUUUCACUGUCUUUAUUGUAGCUCAGUUGAAGGGAAUUUAUAACAGGAGAUACUCAGCCUGAUUUCUCAUUGCCGGAUUCUGUGCUUGAUGUAUCAUCAGCAGGGAAGCAAUACUUCUCCCUCAAUGUGUAUUCAGAAUAAUAAAUUUGCCACUAGUGAGGGAUUUCCUAUUACUGCUGCUCAUGUGCAUGCUUACAGGUGCGUUAAACCUUUAUCUUGGUGCAUGCCAGAGGCUCUCUUUGGUUGUUAAGGACUGGUCUUCUCCAAACACAAUCAACAAUAUGAAGCAGACAGCCUAAUAAAUUCCUUUGACGGAGCGUAGGCAGAAUAAGCUUUCCAUUCCUGCAGUUGCAGGUCUUGAGAUGCCUCUUAGAGAUUUUGCAGAACUAUGAACUAUUUUUCAUUGAAUACGCUUGAGUCAUGUGUGAGUAUCUUGGUUUAGGCUCUCUCUACCCAUUGGUGAUAAUUACUUUAGUACAGACUAGGAAUCUUGGAGUCGCCGUUCCAGUUUUCAAGAGAAGUUUAGAUAAAAAUGCAAACUUUUAAAAAUGCAAAAAGUGUUGGCUGUGCUUUUUAAAAUAAGUAACAUAGUGAGGAAUGGUUAUAAAAGAUCUAUAGAAGAAAUGUUGGAAAUAGAUUCGAUAGUCUGUUCUAAGAUCCAAUUUUGAGAUAGCCUUCUGCCUGUGUUCAGGUGGCUGGCUGCAUCCAGGCUUGCGUAUCUCAGCCAAGAUUGUUAAAAAGCCCUUUGUAAAGCAUUCUAGUGUUUUGUGACCCUUUUGGUUGUUCCAAGGUUCCCAUUCAGAUAAGAUUUCUUUACUCCAAUGAUACUGCCUCUGUCUAGCUCAGAGGACUUUUUGAAGAUCCAUCCUCUGAAUGCCAGGCAACCUCCCCUCUUUGAAAAUGCCAGUGAUGCUUUCACAGGUCAGAUGCUGCCACCUGGUCUUGCUGAUUAACAGCUCUUUGUGAUUAGUGAGGAAUCGCGGUCUCCAUUGGAGUUGUGUUAAGCUGAUGGAAGGAGAAUUGCUGGAAUUGCAGUCACUGGUUGUCUUUUAUUUGCAUGUACUGAUUGAGCAUGUGUUCUUUUGAAAAUCAUGUAGCGGACAGUUGUGGAUGUCUUGAAUUCAGUAGAAGCAGCAGAUGUAAAGGAAGAUGUGGCUAGUGCAGGGCCCUGUUAGCCUUCUGUUGUGGAUAAACCUGUUGUGCAAUGGGAAGGCAGCUUUCUGGAGGGCAUAUUAUCAAAAAAAUCUUUGGUGAGUGCCUUUAUCUCUGUAUCUUACACAGCAAAUAAGACUUUCUUUUCUCUUUUUCCCUUUUUAAAUGCAACAAGCCCUUUGGAAAGCUAAUUGCUCUGUUCUUUCUUGGAAGGGAAGGCAGAACCCCUGAAUCAACAGUGUUUCUGUCCUGUGUCAAGCAGGACACAUGGAUAAACAGGACACACUUUGAGAGCUCUCUUCCUUUGCUGUGUUCUUUAGCCUCUCUUGCUUGGGCCAGGGUAGGCUUCUGGUGGAAGUGUUCAGUUUUGUUAGCCAUGUCAACCCUUUGCUUCUCUGAUCACCUGAGAUCUACAGGACCGCCUAUUAACAAUUUACAUGGGUAGCAGGGAAAAUGCACGAGAGGAGAUGAUUUUCUGCCUCAAAGAGCUUCUGGGUUAUCCAAAAAUAUGCUGGAGUCUGUGGAAAGGACUCUGCAGUAGUUAUUGGAAUGUGAAGAUACAGGGAUAAUGAGGAGGACUGAUGGGGAGAGAAGUCCCUCUCUAUAGCUGGAUGGUGAGUUGCAUGGCGCUAUCUCUCUUGGUAGGGAAAGACCUUUGACAAGUAGAGAUCUGAAGCCAACCAUGGCUGGAUGACCUUGCCUUGAAGUGGCUUCUGUGGUCUGGACACUCAUCUCCUUGGCUUUUGCAGUGUCAGGACAAAUACGUAAAUUUCUGCCUGCUUUGCUAAAGUAAGGUAGCUCUGCACCAGAAGCCAUGCUGAGCCUUAAAAUGAAUUCUGGAUUGAAGGAAACUUCUUGUGACCUUGUGCACUGCCCCAGGUCCUGCUUCAGCUGGAAGACUUUUUCCUCUAUGGCUGAAGUGGGCAGUGGACUGAGCCCUGUGGCAGAAACCUGGACUACCUGACAAACGAGGCUGUACUGGUAUACCAGAGCAGGUUGGCCUGCCUGCUCAGCAUGUCAGCAGAAUCUCACUGCCCAGACAGGCAGAGUUUGCACUUUUUUGCUCUCCUGCAUUGUCUGCAGGAUUGCAUCAUUACCCAGUCCACUCCCAUCAUUUGAUCAGAUAAAGGUGGCCAAGGGACUCCACUAACUUUUGGAAGCAUUCAGUGAUGGAGAUCCUGGGGCAGUGGCACCUGCAGCUGGGGAGCCACCUUUCCUGUGUCUGAGGGAGAGGGAAUAUCUCUGUAUAGCCUGGGGUAGGGGAGCCCCUCUGCCCAGGAGUGCCUGCAUGCAGCCUCCCUCUCUGCAUGGACUGAUUUACUCCUUUGGAAGCAUCAGCCAAGGCCUCCUCUCACAUAAUUAGCUGGCAACCCUAUGCAUCACUCCUGAAGCUGGCACAGGCCUGCCAAGUUCUGCCGAGAUACUCGCUGAGCAAGGUUUUCUCAUGCUCAGCGUGCCUCAAUGUGUUGCAUUAUUAAGCUUUCAUUAUUUGGAAGCUUUUUUGGGGACACAUCCCCCAUCUCCUUUCCCCACCUUUAGCCAUUCCUAUAUGUCUGACUUCCUUCACCAAGGUCUCAUGCAUGUAUCCCCCUUUCUAAGCACCUUCUGCACUCUGCCCUCCUCACUUUUCCCCAGCCUUUCUGCACCAAGCAGCCUGCAGUCAGGUCCCUAAACAGCCCCAGGGCUGGUUCUUAGCUUUGCUGUUCAUGCUGCACUGCAAUAUAGUCCUGCAGGGCCUUUAGCAGCCAAUGGACAGGUGCCUGCCCAAGCCAUUUGCUUCCAGCUCUGCCUUUCUUGUGUUUUCCAGGAUGUGUGGGAGAUGUGAGCUGCCUCAGCAGUUCCUGCAUGGCUCUUCCCAUCUUUAUGGUGUUUUAGGAGACACCUCUAUGUUUUGAAGCUUCUUGCCAGAGGAAGUACUACAGUCUCUGUGCAGAUGGAGAUUCCUCCAUUGCACACCUGCAGGAAUAUACCACCUCAGCCAUACAGGAAUUGAUGGGCAUCUGUGUUCACAAAUGCUCUAGAAGAUACAAAUCAAUGAGAUAAAUGAUAGAAAACAAUGGAGAUCCUGCUGGGCUCUCUGGGCAAGUCUCUCGUUGUUUAAUACUGUAGUACUGCGUGUUAGAAAGAGAUGGUGCGUUUAUACUCAACAACUUCUUUCAACUCGUUACUUACCUUAAAUCCUUUUGAUGAGUAAAGAGAAGGAUGGUUAGGUUUAGGGCAAAUCUAUCAUAAUUUUGUGCUGUCCUGGAAGGCUGGUAUACAGGCUAACCAGCAACAGACUCAACAGUGUCAUUUCUCUGCUUGAUGAUUAUAAAUGAGUAGUUAGGAAAGUCAGAUUUCAAUUGGCUAACAGAGGUUUUAACCAUGUGUACAUCUAGAUAAACCACUCUGGAGAUUGGGGAUUAUCAACUGUUAUGUAAUAGCAGAUUUUUUUUUUAAAUUGGGACAGGACUGCAACAGAUGCUGUGUUUACUAAAGACUGUCACAUAAUACAUCCAGAAUGUGUGUUUUGUUUGACAGAAUCAUAAAUGGGGAUUGCUGUUUUUCUUUACCUCUAGUAAAACCGCACUGCUGAUCAGACAGGUGAAUCAUUGUAGGUUAGAUUUAGUUCUUAUUUGGGUUGUUGGGUAAGAAGUGAAGUUGAUUUAGUUCAGCUCCAGUUCAACACAGCUUCAGAUCUACUGUGUGGCUUCAGUUCUGGCUGAGCAAACUCUAACCCCAGGUAACACAGGAUUUCAUGGUAACUUCACCCCUAUGUACAUCACAAUCCUGUAACUUGAUAAAGCCCUUGGAGUCAGCAAUAAUAUUGCUCAAAUCCAUAGGAUAUGUGAGAUCCCUUCACUGACAUGCUGCAUAGGCUUUUAUUUUUUUUCCCCCCCCAAGAGUAUACCUGAGUUUAUCCCACACAUGAUGGGAUGUGUUGUGUGCCAAGCAGAAGGUCAGGGCCCACAUUAGUAGUGAUUCCUUUUGCCUUUUAAAAUCUAAACACACAGACAAUGAUUUUUUUCUGCAUGAUUAAAUUAAUGUCCCUGCAAAUCUGGGGAAUGGAGUACCAUGUGCUUGCUGAAAUGUAGCAGCACUUUCUGCUGCCCAACAACUACUAGGUUUUACCCCGGGGUGAGGUUCCUGUCUGCAGCCAGGGAUUCCUGCAAAAAGCACUUUACAGCUUUUUCAGGAGAGCUGCUCAUGUGCCAGUUGGUAUUUCAUUACUGCGAACGAAUGUCAGUUAUAGCAGUUUGUUAAUAAUGAACAAGGAAGGGAUUAUUGGGCAAUGCAACAGCACUGGAAGAGAACCUGCUGAAGCUUCCCUUUGCUGUAUCAUGCACAUACCAAGAGCUGUCCCUCAUCUCUGACACCGUCCUAGAUUGCUCAUACCGUUAGCUGAAACUGUGUUUGCAUUUCUGAAGAAGUUAAUUGGGAGCUAAACCUUUCCCUGGCAUAUGGCUGUCACUUAGGGGGUUUCACUUUUGUUUCUGAAGCAAAACAGCCAAGGCUGCUGGGUCUAGAGAGCAGCAGGGACCCUAGGGGCUCCCAUGGGAGAGCUUGCUGGUCCUUCCCAUUUAGGGGACAGCUAAGUGGUAGGAGAGGAGCACAGGAGGGCCAGAAAGGGGCUCCUUGGGUUGAGGCUACUGGUCCAAAUUGAAGCACAUAAAAAACUCCUGGCUUGCAGUAAAUGUCUUCUCUAUUUGGAUACUAAUAAUGGCUGUGCACUGACAUUCUUCCCUCUAGCUUAGAGGAGAUCCUAGGUUGUCAAGAAGGUUGGAAGAAAAAUAAUCAAGGCCAGAGACAUGGCAGACAGCUGUAUUUUCUGUAUAGUUCAGACCUUGCCUUCUCCCAGCCCCAGGCACAGCAUCCAGGCUGGAAGUUCCUGGAGUACAGAAGUUCCUAUUUCAUAUUCAACAGUAUAACACUCUUUUCCAGCCCAGAAUUGCUGCUUCUUUAGAUCCAUGCAAACAUGGCAUGUUUACAUUAUGUUUAGUGACCAUCAAGUAAGAUAGCAGAUGUCCCCGCAGGCUUAUCUGAAACCAGGAGAGGAGUUAAAUGAAAGCAUGAGGUGAGACAGAGAAACUAUCCCAGCAGGAGAUACUUUGAGUCCUGCCAACUGGUCCGAAUCGUCAGUGGAAAUUUCCAUUUGAACUUUUGAUGGAAUGAUGGAGUUUUGUUUAAAGGAAUGAGGAAGAGUGUGUGUGUUCAUCUGUAUAUGUGUGCCUGCCUAAGACCGCAUAUUUGAAGAGUCAUUUUUUCUUUGCAUUUAUCAGAAGACUUAAAACAGUAAGAGUAGGAAUUUUAUGCUCAGACUGCAUUUUCCAGUCAACUCUCCCUUUGAGAUUUCCACUCCUUAUUGUGAUAGAAUUAAAAGGAGAAUAAUGAAAUGGAUUACAUUAAGGCCUUAGCUUCAGUUAUCAAGUACUUAUUAAUCUCUCUGGCUAGGAUUCAAAUCUAUGGCAUCAAGUGCUCCAUCUUUACAAGGUACAUCCACUGAAACAGCAUGUAAAGAGUGCAGAUCUUUCAGAUCUGGACUCACAAAACAAGCAGAGAGGUUCUGUCACAGUGCAGGAUGGGCUAAACAUCCUGUGGUGAAUUUUCUGUGGAAAACCGUUUUAAGUGGUUCUCCUGGCUUGUGAUUGCUUGCCCCCCACCCCCCUGCCUGUCUGGCUACCACUUCUGCCAACAGCAUCCUUGUACCUUGCAAGUCCUGCAUUUUUAUCUACUUUUAAUAGAUAUUGCAACAACAGAGGCAAAAGCAUGGCCGGCAGUGUGAGGCUGGAUGCAGCCAGGCUGUUAUGUGUGCAUGCUUGCACACAAGUAUGCGUGUUUGUGUGUGGUUAUGUGCCCACUGAGGUUAGGCAGAAACUGCAAAAGGAGGCAUCAUUUUACAGAAGAAAGCAGCUCAAGCAGGAAUGUGAUCAGGCCUCUUAAACACACCCAAUUAAAUUUCUCUUCAGUUAAGCAGAUAAAUAGAGCACUGUUUCCCCCUCAUUUUCCCUAAGUACAGCUAUUUGAUUGUGUAUCACUGUCAUAGAUUUUGAUGAUGCUUAACUACCAGAUAUAGCAGGCAUGCACCAAAUUAAUGUUGCUAUGUCCUUUAGGGAACUUAAUGUCAUUGGUCAUACUAGGAAGUUGGAGAUCUCAUAAAGGAUCAGUUGUGAUUAGCAGGUAGGACAGGAGGAAACUUGAAAGACCUCCAUGUUGUUGCAACAAUUCAUCACUCCUGGCAAACAUUGCACUGGGAGAAUAAUUCAAGAAAGAAUUUUGGUAGAAGGAGCAAAGAACUAAACUGCAGUCCUGGGCCUCUAGUGAGGCAGUAUCUGGGGAUGCUUAUGUGCCUGUGUUGUUCUGGAAGUUAGGAGAGCAACCCGCCCACCUCAAUGUACAUGAUGGAAGAAGCAGUGGAAGGAGGCCUGCGUGCAUGAUCUUGUGCCAAGUGAAAGGAAGGUGCCCAGCAAUGUGCUGGCCUUUUAAAUGGAGGUUACAAAGCUGUGUUGCCUGGCCAGCUCCAUAACCUCCACGCAGCAUGAGGGUCCUAGGCUACCACCUGCACUCCCCCUGUAAUAGUAGAACCCAUGCUGUCUGUGCAUGCCUGAGGAGUGUCAGACCUGCAGGCUCCCAGGGCUUGCCAUCUGCUUGUGCCAGAAGUGCUUCCAAGCAGAGCAAUUCUCCUGGCUCCUGGGUUGCCAAAGGGAGGGGAGCCUUCAGGAUCAGAGUGAAAAGGCAUUUUGUGCAUGCUGAAAGCAUUGCCUUAGCCCAGUCUUGAUGAAACGUACAUAUGCUUUUUCUCCUAUCCCAUCUCUCUGAGUGUUUGCAGGGCUGCAUUGGCCUUUUUGGUACAUACACACUGAAUUGAGGAAGGACUGAAGCAUGAGCUGAGCUAGGGCUCUCCUUGUGGUUGCUGGCAUUCAAGUGCUUGAGCUGCCCUGAAAGGCAUCUGAGAAGUUUUAUGGUCAUAUAAUCGCGGUCAAGUAACAAACUUUACUUAGGGUGAGCUAGCAAGCAGAACUGAGGCACUGGCUGUAUAAACUGUUUACAUGUAUAAUCUGACAACCAUUACGCCAGCAACCUUUCUGCCAGGUCAGCACUGGCGUGGCACUUCCAGCAGUCUCCAGCUCAAGCCCAGAGGAACACAGACUAUCUCUCCUCAAAUCACAGGGACCCACAGACUGUAAAGCCCAUGACUGCAGGGAAAUGGCUGUGUCUGUGGAGCAGAGCAGUGCUAGAAGCACUCACCUCCAUCUGUCUGAGCUUUGCCACCAAGCACCUGAUACCUCCGAAGAUGAAACAGCGCAGAAGAGAAGCUACUUCUCCCAGGGCUGCAGUAAGACAUUCUUCAUAAGGGCUAGCACCAAGGCUGCCUGUGGUAUCAAGCUCCUUGAUUACAUUUUGCCAAAGCCUGACUGGGAUUUCCAGGGACCUAUGUAGCUCCUCAGCAGCUCUCCAGCUCCAAGAGGUGACACUGGGAUUUAUGGCACCUGGAGAUCAGAACUGCCUGCUCUGGGGACCUGUUCUAAACUGUAAGAAAAUACUAAGGGGCAAUAGGCUGUGAAUUCAAUUACUUGACCUUACCUCACAAUUGUUCCUUACAGUUCUCUCCCCCACCCACUGCCCAUUUCCUUCAAGAAAAAUCACAGCAUUGAUUAAUGAUUAAUCUUGGUUGGAUAACACCCAACAACCAAAACUGCUGGCUAAUCCCAGGCCAUGGUUCUGCAAUCAGUAGCAGAUUUGUACACAGCCAUAUCACUUAAUAGAAUGUGCCUGAUUAAGAUUAAACAUGUAAAUACAAUUGUAUUUUUCAUAAUUUAGCUAGGGCAGACAAUACUGAGUUUAUGCCAUCUUUAUGCCAGCUGUGUCAGGGCACAGAUCUGUACCAGCAUGAAGCUCAUUGAUUAAAAAUCUAUCAACACUUUUUUGUCUGAUGAAGUCUGAAAAGGAGGAGUGAUUUAUGUUGGAUCUCAGCUCUGCUUUGUAUCAUUGCAGUGAUGUUUGAUCCAGGAGCAGUAAAGCAGAAUUUUCUGUAUCAUUGAGAAGGGAGUUUUUGUGUGCAGCCUGAUUCCCAGGAAUGCUUCUUGCAUGGAAGCAGUCCUCAGCAGAGCGUCUUACCCAAGGCACUGCUGGACGGAGAAAUCAGUCUCAGACUCCAGGGCAGGAUGGCUGUCUAUUGCCAACAGCCACACAUGUGUGUGGAGUGGAAAAGUAGGGAAAAGGGAAAACUACUCUAGGCACAGUGGGCGAGGAAUACUGAAGGGAACACCAUUAGAGGCCAGGCAAGGGUACCAAAAUGAGGACUGGCACACAAGGAAAGCAAAGGCUGACUCCUCCUGGAGUGCUUUGCUGAGUGUCUCUCUGUCAGGCUUCGCCAGCUAAAGAUGCACCAGACAUCCCUCUCCCCGAAAUCAUUUCCCCAGCCUUGAGAUCAUCUUUGUCUGGGAAAGAGAAAAUGCGGGUUCUUCUGGAUCUCCCUUGGCAUAUCCUCCUUUUUGGGGAUAUCAGGUAACAUCCCUGUUUGUUGUUAUCAGAUCCCUUGUUUCCUGAGAGUUAGGUGCUUCUUCCCAAAUGUGUCUCUGUAUACAGUACCCACUCACCCAUAUCGGUGCAACUUGCUGCUUUGGGAGCACAUCAGCACAAAAGCAGAUGAGGUUAAUGCCAUAAAGGAGGACUGGACCCUUCUGAGCUCCUCUGGUAAGCAGAUGGGCACAAGAUACCUCCAGGAAACUACAUCUAGAGGAAUGGCUCAGUUGUCAUGAGUAAAACUUUUAUCAGCAUACUGUUGAAAGUCGUAAAGGAGGUGAUAAAUCUAAUUUUUUUUUAACUUGUUCACAGCUUUCAAGAGCACCAGUUUUAUUGUAUGAAAAGGCUCUUCCUAGCCAAAGUGAUCACAGCCACAGGUGGUCUUAGCUGCUUACCACUUAUUUCUGCCUGUUCUUGCUCUAGCUUCCACACUUGCGACAUAUGAAAAACAGCGUAACACCUGCCCUUGUGAGAUAGGAACAAAUCUAAGGCAUGAACUCAGCACAGUUUCAGUGGGUGCUCCAGGAGCCACCCUGUACCCCUGGGUGUCCAGGUACGAGGCUGGCCAUUCCUGGGAUUGCAUACAGAAGUGAUCCCAUGUGCAGCACCACAGAGCAUUAAGUUCCUAGUGCAGGACCAGGUAGUCAGUUUCCAUUGCAUUUCCAAAAGCAGUCUUCUCACCAAUUAGGGAUGCUCUGGCAGAUAAUUCACAAGUUUGAAAGUUUUUGUUUAUAGGACAUACUCAAGAGCACUGAUUUCAAUAUUUUAACAAGUCUCUUUGCUGUUUUCUUGCCCAAAUCUUACACACACACACACCUCCCAGUAAAUGAACCCCCUGUAACAGGAAUCUGGGCAUUUAGAAGCCAGGAAGAGAGAGGGGUUGGCCAAAACCUAUUCUUUUAAAGAAAGUCCUUUGAGCUUCUUUGAGUGGAGACAGCAAUUACAACAUCAAACCACAUCACUGUUGCGUACUCAAAAUGUUUAUUUUGUUCCUGAGACUGAAAAUGGCAGGAAGCAGAGCAUGCUGUUUGGAAGAGCUGAUGGCUGCAGAGACAAGUAACAGCUCUGAAGGACACCAAUAUGAGUUACUUUUGCAAUUUUUUUAGAUAACAUUUAGGUUUUGGUGCCGCACUUUUAAUUUCCAAAGGAAAAGGAUUCAACUCUUAGGCAGGAGUUUUGGUAUUCCUUGGUUGUAUACAUGCUUUCAGAGACAGAGCACAAGGGAUUCAGAGACAGGACCCCAAGGAGAAAGCCCAGUGUUAUAUGGAGGUGCCACAUGUAACCUUUCCAGAAAUGACAACCCUUGUCCUUGUCUUUGCUCCUGUCUAAGGCAGAGCUGCUCAGAGCUGGCUGCCUGGACUGAACACCUGUCACUUUUGUGCCAGGCUGUUUCCAAGGUUGUCAUAAUGUUUGUACCUGAACUGAUUUAAAGACAAAGGAAAUGGAUGGGGCAGGACAGGGUGGAGGCUGCUAUAAUGUUAGUUCAGUAUGACUGUGAUAAGUGCUGGCAGGGGGGAUUUUUUCAGAGAACAAGGCUGUUCUUGUGUUGUCAAUGUACUGCACAGGUAGCUAAGCAGAAGGAAUGACACAAGUAUACUCACAACACAGCCAAUAUCAGUGACCAAAAAUAAACAUGUUAUUUAGACACAUUCCAGAGCGCCAAGCACUACGUCUCCCCAGGCAUCUACUUGCUUUAUUACUCAGCUUAAUAAAAGAUACUAACUCAGCCACUGAACCUCCCAGACAUGCUGUCUCCCCCAGACCUGGCUGAGCUGAGAGGGGCUGCAGCACCCCGCCCUUUGCUGGUGGCUCAGCCCUGUGACACUGAAGCCAGUGGAGCAGGGCUGGCCCAGGGCAUCAUGCACAGUACCGGUCAUUGGCACCCUGCAGGAGGGAGCAUGGCCAGGCAAUGCCAGCAGCGAGAAGGGAAAAGGAGUGGAGCCAACACAGAGGGAGAGCCCAGCCCUUCUUUUCCACCUUGUCCUGCUGCUGGAGGACUGGAAGGGGAGGUGUAGGUGGCUGCUGCCCAAAGGGGUCAGUCCCUGCUGCCAUCCCUGCCUCUUCUUGUCAGCUGUAGCAACUGCUCCUUCCCAUUCACCAGCAGCCAGCUUGCUUCUCUAGGGCUGCAGUAUGGCCAAAGCAAGCUGUUUUGCUACCAACAGCCUCCCACCCAAAGGAACUUCCAAUGUCACCAGCAUUUUGCUACUGGAUUGUGUUGAAAUUAUUUUGGAGACAUGCUAUGCAAUUCAGCUGACAAGUGUAAAGAUCUGUAUUUGAAUUCAUUAUUUUGUCUCUCUUCACCUCUGUUGGACAGAAACAAAUACUUAGGUGUGAUUUGGUUUGUUGUGAAGCAGGUCAACUGAAAAUCCCCUGGAAGUGCCUCUUUCUUUCUACCAACUAUAGUGGGAAUCUGGAUGACUGUGUCUGAUGAAGUCUGCUCUGUAGACACGUAGGGGUCAAUUUAAUUGCCCUUAGAUUGGUGCCUAGGACCAUUUGAGAUCCCCUGGUUAUUCAGUGUGAGCUGAUGAUCCAAAAGUGUAGUUUCACACAGCUCUUGUAUCCUGUAUACCAUCCCUGUGGCGGUGACUGAGUUACAGGUGACCAAGCUACAGUACCUUCAAUGAACUAUUUGUCUAUGCUGAUGCACCAGAAUGAAGUCCAUAUGGUGGCUGUCCUGCUUUCAGCUGGGAUAGCGUUAAUUUCCUUCUUAGUAGCUGGUGUAGUGCUGCGUUUUGGAUUUGGUGUGAGAACAAUGUUGAUAACAUACUCAUGUUUUUAGUUGUUGCUAAAGUAAUAUUUAUGCUAAGUCAAGGACUUUUCAGCUUCUUAGGCCCUGCCAGUGAGAGGGCUGGAGGGGCACAAGAAAUUGGGAGGCGACACAGCCAGAACAGCUAUUCAAUAGAACGUCAUGCUUGGUAUAUAAACCGGGGUGAGUUGGCCAGAGCCGGCCAAUUGCUGCUCGGUGACUGGCUGGGCAUCGGUCAGCAGGUGGUGAGCAGCUGCAUUGUGCAUUGCUCCUUUUGGUUUUCUCCCUUCCCUUUGUAUUUUGUUUCUCUUCCCUUCUCCCUCCUUUUUCAUUACAAUUAUUGUUGUUGUUGUUAUAUUUCAAUUAUUAAAUUGUUCUUAUCUCAGCCCUUGAGUUUUACCUUUUUCCUGAUUCUCCUCCCCCUCCCUCUGAUGGGUGAGGAGAGUGAGCGAGUGGCUGCAUGGUACUUAGUUGCCAGUUGGGGUUAAACCACAACAGGUGGACAUCUACAUCUGGGUACCUAUAUAUAAGCUCUGCAUCUCAGCUCUGAAAUAGCCAGUGGAGAUUCAGUACUCAAUACAUUUGCUCUUACAAAGGUGAUUUGAGAUGCUUAAGGGUAUCCAAAACAUCUGCACAGGACUGCCAGAUCUGAUACAGGAGAUACAGGAGACCUGUGUGCUCCUGGAGCAGUUCCUGGAAGCUGAGCAGGAUACCCUAUGACACCUCAAAUGACACUAUAUGCUUAUGUGCAAGCAACUAAGGUGAGGCUGCAGACAAUCCAGCCAACCACACCUGGGAGCAUUUCAGAAUACAUAGAAAUAGGCACCUGCAUCCAAUCAGCUGGGCCAGUCCAUCUGACUUUUGGGCUGUUUAGAAGCUGAGACAUCCAGCUCACAUUUAGGUAAUAAUCACCAGACAUCUAAAUUUAGAUGCCUCUAUCUGCAAGUUGCAUCCCAUCCCUAAAGCAAGGUGACAAUCAUCUCACCUUUGUGGUGUGAACGUUGUGCUGUUUGUACUCGCCCAUGUAGAUCAGUGAUGCUUCUCCACCCUCUUUGGCAUAGCCUGAGGGCUACGGGCACCGUUUCUCAGGCUACCUACCAGGACUCAGCAGCACUUGGGCUCCUAAGUCACUUGGAAUUUUUUUCUUUAAACAUAGACCCAUUUAUCAGCUUUUUGAAAGUACAGGGUGUGUUUAGUGACUAACUGUCAAGGAUUUUUCAGGCAUUCUGGAAAAUGGUGUUAUUCUUCUUUCCUUUCUUUUUACCCCUGAUAAAAUUUGACACACUGUUUUCCAUUAGGUUUUUUGUGUCUGUGUAAAUGCAGUGAAGUUGUUAUGCAAAUAGGCUGGCAGUGACCAAUAGCCUUUGAAAGCUUCUUGGGAUAUCUUCCUAGACAGGUUGGGUCCCACUGUGCUGGUGCUGAAUUCCUCUCCAUCACUCCUUCUUUCCUCCUCCCAUUUUUCACAUCUGCUUCCUUCUUGGCUGGCUCACUAAGCUUGAGACCUACUUUAAAGUUAAGAUUAAUUUCAUGUAAAGAAACCUGGCAUGUGCUUUCCUAAGAAACCUCAGGUUUUUACACUGAAAUGAAAUUAGGGAGGAUGUGAGGAACUGUCCUAGGGCUCAGCAUGGCCCACCCUACAGUGCCUGCCCUGAGCAGUGCCUUUCACUCGAUAAGCCACUCAUCCCUUCAGUCCCCCAUGUGCUUCUAGGGGGUGCACAAGAGAAGACUCUCUUGUAUGUGUUUUGUAGCAAUCUCCACAUGUGACAUUCAGAAGGGAUCAGCACCCAGAAAUAUGCCAUGGGCCCUAAAACAAACAAACCAACAAAAUGAACAUGCAGAUGAGACAACCAUGGGCAGUCAGAUCUCAGCACAGGCAUGUACAGCUGCUUCUCUGGUUUUGGGAAGGAGCACAACCUCCGAGGGGUGGGAGGAACUUCCAGGUUUAGGGGCUGUGUGUAGGGACCAAGUGCUUGGUGUGGAUAGGCCCUGAUGACAAUUCCUUAAUCAGAAUAAUAAAAUACACCCAGUGAUUAAUAUUUAAAUAACAGAUGAAGUCACGAGCACGCUGGAGAUAUGCGCGGCUUUGGAUGGAAUUGUGCCAAUAGGUGUGUCAGGCCAGAGGCACAAUGUAGAGCAAGGGGGUAUUUGUCAUUGCCUUAAUUCAUUAACUGGGCCAGCAAUUUGGACAAAGUGACUCAGUGCUUGGGAGCAGACAGAACUGCGCCUUCGGAGAGCAGGGCUGGACCGAGCAAGACAGCAGGAAAGGCAAACGGCCCUUUUCAGGAAAGGAGCCGGUGGGAGCCCAGGUGGCAGGGGUGAGCGGAGCAGCCGUGUCCCCGCACAGCUCGCAGCAAGAGCCCCGAGGAAACCGCCUCUAGAGCUGAGCUCGCAGCCGCUCUCCCUCCAAGCGCUGUGGGUCUGUUGGCAUCCCACAACCUCGUCUUCCACCUUGCAAGCAGUUAUCUGGCAAGAAAGCAUGCAAAGAGACAAAAGGCUUGGAGCAGGGAGGGGACGCCCUGCUAUUCACAGCCACAGUCCCCACCCACGGGUGCCAGCAGAGAGGGGGGCAUUUAUCAGGCGCUUGGCUGAGCAGCGUUCAACCCCGUCUGCGCCCGCCGCAGGGGUGAGCGCCCCGCUGACGUCAGGACGCCUUACUUCAUCUCCUGGCACUGGGGCCGGAUUUUCAUAGCCGUGUCCCGUAGGAGAGGAGAGGCGAGGCGGUGGAACUGGAAUAGGCGUGCUCAGCCACACCUCCCCAGCCCUCCAGCUGUUAAAGCUCCCGAGGAGGCCACGGGGGCUGCUGCUCGGCCGGCCGGGUUGCAGGAGCGGAGGUGACCGUCACUGCCGCGCUCAGAACUUGCCUCUUCUAGCUGGAGCCUCCCUGCUGCCUUCACCGGGCAGGACCCAGAGAGCUUUGGGGAAACGUUUCACAGGGAGGUUGUUCAAGAAGGCAAGAGGAUGGCAACACCCCCUCCCCGAGGCUGCAGCAGCAUCAGUCAUGACUAUUACCUGCUCUGUGACAUGGAGAAGGCCUGGGGGAUUGUCCUGGAGUCACUGGCUACAGCUGGCAUCCUCAUCACCAUUUUUCUCAUCUGCUCACUCUUCUUUCUCACCUGUAAAGUCCAAGACAACAGCAAGCGGCACAUGAUCGCCAUCUAUUUCUUCUUUCUCUCAGGCACGCUUGGCAUUUUUGGUCUCACUUUUGCUUUCAUCAUUAAACUCAAUGACAGGACUCGCCCCACUCGCUUCUUCCUAUUUGGAGUCAUCUUUGCUCUCUGCUUCUCAUGCCUCCUCACCCAUGCCUGCAACCUCAACAAACUAGUGAGAGGAAGAAAGCCCUUCUCCUGGCAUGUGUUGCUGCUCCUCAUUGUUUCCUUUGCCAUGGUACAAGUUGUGAUCAGCAUUGAGUACUUAGUCACCAUGCUAGUAAACCAGAAAGACAAAUUUCUGAAUAUGUCUCUGCAGGAGACCAACAAAGAUUUUGUCAUGCUUUUGAUCUACGUGCUCUUCUUGAUGGCUCUGACCUUCUUGGUUUCCAUGUUCACGUUCUGUGGGCCAUACAAAAGCUGGAAGAGGCACGGGGCACACAUCUUUGUCACUGUCCUGUUCUCCAUUGCCAUUUGGGUAGUGUGGAUCACUAUGCUUACAAAAGGCAACAUGGUUUUAAACAGACAUGACUGGGAUGAUCCUGUUGUGGCCAUUGCUCUGGUGUCCAAUGGAUGGAUCUUCCUGAUAAUGUAUAUUGUCCCUGAAAUUUGUUUCCUUACUGCGCCUCUGAAGCUGGGGGACUACCCUCCAGAAAAUGAUUUCUGCCAACCCAAGUUCAUAAAGCAGACAACUGGAGUGGACAACCGUGCCUAUACACAAGAUGAAAUUGUGCAAGGAGACACAGAAGACCUCAGCUACUCCCCAUACUCUUCUCACUUUCAGAUGAAGACCGUUGAACCCCAAAAGGAUUUCUCCAUCCCUCGGCCCAAGGCCCGGACAAGCCCGUACCAGGACUACACUGGUGGGAAAGGCCCCAUGUAGCAGCUCCGCAGCGAGCAAAGAGACCAAGUGCCUGUCAGCAGCAGCACAGGCCACACGGUGACAAGUCCUGCAGAAGAGACAGAGCCAACUCCCACUGACAAAAGAGGAGAGAGGUCCUCUUUUCCCCACACAGACACCCUUGUAGGCCACACUCACUCCUCAAACACAGCUUUCAGAAACCACUCUGGCCAUCCUGUCUCUGCUCACUGUUUCUCCAUGGAAUGGAGCUCAUCUUUUCUGACAGAGGAACAUGUUGGGAAGAGCCUGGCCUGGCCUAUUUUUAGCAGGAAUGCUGUAGGGCUGGAGCAGCAGGAAGAUCAUCAGCCACGUCUGUGACCAGCUCUGCCCCAGCCAGGACUUGCUUUGAUCAGCUCAGGGGGAUGCCUGCACCCUGUGUCUGACAGGAGGAGAGUCAGGAGUGGAAGCAUUAGCCCUACACAUCCCUACUACUGCCCACCUGUGAACACAUCUCAGGUACUACCAAGGACACUUUUAUCUAUCCACCAUUAUUUUUGUGCCCACUCCCAGCCCCACCUGGCUCUCCUCCAAGAGAUCAGUGGAGAAGAGACAAAGAGAGAGACAGACUAUUGUUUUUUAUUUCUUCAUGUUGACUUCCAACCCCCUUCCUUAUCACCUAGACACCACGGUGGAGAGGGAGAAGAAACUUUAAAGACAUAAAAACAUCUACAGCUAUUUACUUGACACAUUUUCUGAUUGCACUCUAUCUCCUAGCUCUGACUCCUCACCACACGCCCCAGCUGAGCUCCCCAGGGUGCCUGGCCAGCACUGAAAACCCUCCCCUCCCCACCCUUGACACCCCAGGCUGUGGAUCCCUGCAGACAAAACCUCUUCCAUGCAGCUGUUUGCAAUACCCUGGUGGGAUUUAAUCCUGUGCACCUUGGAGCUCUGCCUCCUCCCCACCGUGUCUGUGGCAUUAACACAAACAUUUCCCAAGCAGCCAGGUUAUGGAGGGCAGACACCCUUCUUCCCAGGAGUAAGCAAUCACGAGCACAUGCGUGUGUGUGUGUGUGUGUGUGCGUGCGUGCGUGUGUGCUGUGUGGACUGCACCCUGGCAAUGAGCAGUGAGUCUGCAGAGUUGAAUCAUUCUGUAGCCUGCUUUCUAUUUGGUAAAUAGCUUUCCAUGGUAUUUCAUCUGUAAAUGAAUAGGGCUCUCCAAGUGGGCAUGUAUGGUACACUGGUAUCUAACACAGCUAUAUAUUUAUUUAGUACUUUGUAUGUGGAAUAUUUAAUUAAUCAAAAUACAAACAGCCUGACUACAAGAGAAUGGUGUUCUUCCUCGGGAAUAUGACUCCUCUAAUGGCUGGUGGGGUGAUGGCAAUAGCUCUCCAUGGCUUGUAGUGGGCCAUCUGGGAGAUUGCAGCUGGGGGGGGGCGGGAAAUGGCAAAGAGGUGCUGGCUUCUUCAAAGCUGUCACUAUGGACCAGAGAUCAGCUGCUUGAAAGUGAAGAGGGUUAGUAGCUUCUCUGUGCUACUUUUCUUGAAUAAAGAAAGCUGAUUCAACAUUAGAAGCGCUUAAGAAGUGAAGAAAUAUAAAACCAAGCCACAGCAAGCAAAUGCAGGAGGAAAGAUGUGUUCUCUUCAUCACUGCAUGUGUCUGUGCUUGCUGUGUUUAUAUUCCUGUAUUUAUUCAGUUAUGUCUUGCUGGGUGCUUGCAUAAUCAAGAAAAGAAAAGGACCUUGUAGGUAUUUAAUUCAGCUUGUAAAAAUAUGCCUUUCUGAUGUUGUGAACACAUGUAAUAUUUUUAUUUGAAAGUAGAAACAAUAUCAAAGCAAAAUAAUUAUGAUUAUGGUGACGAUGAUGAUGAUGACGAUGAUGACAAUAUUUAAAAUCUCCUGAUGGUAUGAGGCUUUACUUUCCCCUUUUAGAGGCUUCCUUUCCCAUGAGUUUUUACAUGGUACAUCAUGCCACAUAUCUAUAUGCUCCUGGCAAGUAAACCCCCUUCCUCAGGCACAGUGCUGUCUACAAUAUGCGAGGCUGCGCCUUUUCCACUCCACCUACCAGCACUGAAAGGCAAUGCAGGGACAUUUGGAUCUUCUGUAUCCCUUGGCAUGAGAAAGAGCCCUCCUAGGCAUUGGUUUGAAAUGCAUCGCAGGACACAGGACUAGAAAAAUGCCGCCUUCUAGUAAAUUUGAGGUGGAAAUGAUGCUUACCUUCCCCUCCUCCUCUCCUGUCCUCC